CUCUGUUUUUCAUCUUCCUCUCGGUUCUCUCCAUUUCUUUGUUUUAAAAAAACCAACAAACAACAUUCAAUCAACCAAAUGGGGAACUGGAUAAAUGGCACUUGAAGCUGGAAUCUUCCAUGGAGAAGGAUGCUUUUGCAGAGAGAAAGAGCUCAGAUUGAUCCCCUUAUGAAUAUCCUAAACGGGGUUAAAAUCCAACAUGGAAUUCAGGAUACUUGGAGAUGGGUGCACAGCAAGGAUGGUAUUUACAACACUAGUGAAGCCUACUCCUUACUUGCUGCUGAUGGUGAACCUAGUGAUCCUAGCAUCUACUCCAGGAUAUGGAAUGGUAACAUCCUCCAGGAUAUGGAAUGGUAACAUCCCCUCUAAAGUAUGUGCUUUUACUUGGAAACUAGUUCAAAAUCGCAUUCCUUUCAAACUUAACCUGUCAAAACGAGGGAUGUGUAACUUUCAAGAUGGACUCACCUGUGUCUUUUGCACUACUGUUGUUGAAGACACAAACCACCUAUUUCUACACUGCAAAACAGCCUUUAAUCUCUGGUCAAAAUGUUUUCGAUGGUGGGGAGUUGAACAUGUAAUGCCUGGAACAUGUUGGGAUGCCUUUAACCAGCACAAAGACCUUUUCAGCAACACAACAGUUAAAAUAGGUUGGGACAUUAUAUGGUUUGCAAUCACUUGGACAAUAUGGCUGGCAAGAAAUGAGGUAAUAUUCCAGAACAAACACUUAGAUGAAGUGAAACUAUUUGACUUGGUGCAAACUCGUUCAUUCCAGUGGCUUAAACUCAAAGGUGAAGGAAAAGGGAUCACACUCUUUGAUUGGAUACAACAACCAAGAUUGAGCACUCUUACAGCCUUCACAAAAAAGAGGGCAGACAUUUGACAAGGACCAUACAAUGGAGGUGAGACCCUUUUGGGUGGGGAGAAGAUAAGUGCUGAACCUAAUUGUGGUGAUGAAUAACAUUUAAUUGCAUAGUGUUUAAUUUGGUUCUUUACUUUCAUUUUUCUUUCUGCAUGAUUAUGUAAAGAAAGCCGACUGUUAUUCAAUCUUUUAGUGUGUGAUAAGUGGGAAUGAUCUGAAAGAUGGAAUUAACAUUGAUGAGCUCAUAUGAAGAAACUGCAAAGGAGGAC